AUGGCGGAACAACAACCUGAAAGCGCGACAUCGAAGGAGAAUGAGUGGAUGCAAGAUGGAACUGAUGUCCAAGACGAUGGCCGCAUUGAGAUUGACCUGGACUCCAAAGUCGGCCGCGAGAUCUCAAAAUUGAUUCCAUUUCUGGAGUCCGAGAAAGAUGUGGAGCAACCACAAGUGCAUGUCGGCCCUGAUGGAUGCAAUCUGCAUCUCAACAUCGUCAUUCAAGUUGUUGGGAGCCGAGGCGACGUGCAGCCUUUCAUCGCAUUAGGCAACGAGCUCCAACAACAUGGGCAUCGUGUAAGAAUAGCCACUCAUAACGUCUUUGAGAAGUUUGUGCGCGACUCGGGUUUGGAGUUCUAUCCUAUAGGCGGAGAUCCCUCGGAGCUGAUGGCGUACAUGGUCAAGAACCCGGGCUUGAUACCACAGAUGAACUCCUUACGGGCUGGCGACAUCCAGCGCAAGCGGGCUAUGGUGGCUGAAAUGCUCCAGGGGUGCUGGGAGUCCUGUAUAGAGGAUGACCCAGUGGCCAAAACACCCUUUGUGGCUGAUGCGAUUAUCGCGAACCCCCCGAGCUUUGCUCAUAUCCAUUGUGCUCAAGCGCUGGGGAUCCCUUUACACAUGAUGUUUACAAUGCCAUGGACCAGCACGCGAUCAUUUCCACAUCCUUUGGCCAACUUGAAAUACUCGACCACGGAGCCGAAAAUGGCCAAUUAUUUGUCUUACGGCAUUGUCGAAUGGCUGACAUGGCAAGGUCUCGGCGAUGUUAUCAACGAAUGGAGAGUGUCUAUUGAUCUCGAACCUGUACCCGCCACAGAAGGUCCCCGGCUGGCGGAGACUUUGAAAAUACCUUUUACCUAUUGCUGGUCACCCACAUUGAUGCCAAAACCAGCGGACUGGCCGGGCCAUCUAGAUGUCUGCGGAUUCUUCUUCCGAUCUCCUCCCGACUUCUCACCACCGUCUGAUCUCCAUUCAUUCCUUCAAAACGGGCCUCCGCCAAUAUAUAUCGGUUUCGGCAGUAUCGUCAUCGAAGAUCCCCCUGCAAUGACGGCAACACUUAUCAAAGCCGUCAAGUCCUGGGGUGGUCGUGCUCUCAUAUCUCGGGGCUGGAGUAAUCUGGGAGAUGCCGAGUCAGACGAUCAAAUUUUCUAUCUUGGAGACUGCCCUCAUGAAUGGUUGUUCCAACAUGUCGCCGCAGUGGUACAUCACGGGGGAGCAGGAACGACCGCAUGUGGUUUACGCUUCGGGAAGCCGACUACUAUUGUGCCGUUCUUUGGAGAUCAACUAUUUUGGGGGAAUAUGGUCGCAUCCUGCGGUAUUGGACCCAAGCCAAUUCCACACCGCACAUUGACUGCGGAUAAUCUAGCAGAGGCCAUUCGCUUCUGUCUCGAACCUAACACGCUCACUGCCGCCGAGGAACUCGCUAUCCGAAUGAGUGAGGAAUCUGGAGUGAGUGCGGCAGUCGCAUCUUUCCAUCGAAAUCUGCCUAUAGACCAGAUGCAAUGUCGCUUCUUUGGAUCUGAGCCGGCUGCAUGGAAAUUGAAACAACAAAAUUCCAAGUCUGCCAUUUAUUUGUCUAAGAUGGCCGCGGGAAUAUUGGUUGAAAACACACGCAUUGAUCCGAAGGAUUUAAGCUCGCAUGAAAGUCGCCCCAUAUUUAUCCAAACACGGCGAUGGGAUCCCAUCACAGGCGGCACAUCUUCCUUGCUAGGCAUGUACAAAGACAUUCUCACAGCAUCGAGUGAUGUAGUCGUACAACCAUACAAAGAGUUCAAACGCGCCCAAUCAGGCGAAGGGGAGCUUCGAGUUAUCGAACCUACGAAUCGGUCCUCCAGCGAUGCAUCGUCGACAGGUGGAAUCUCCCGCGCAUCCACCAAUGAGAAACGGGACGCGCAAUGGAAGGUAACAAGCACAGCGGUGGGAAGCUCCGCCAAAAGCGUGGGGAAGAUCAUCGGGUAUUACUACAAGGGCGUGCUGGUCGAUAUACCCAUGGCAGUCAACGAGGGCCUAAGAGCAGUGCCCCGAAUGUAUGGCGAGGAAGUCAAAAGCUAUGACAACAUCAAGGACUUCAGAUCUGGAGCUGCCGCUGCUAGAGAGAACUUCACAGACGGAAUGACAGGGGUCAGUGAGAUCCUCAAGCAGCCCUACAAAGGGGCCCAAGAGGACGGUUUCAGAGGGAUGGUGAAGGGAUUCGUCAAAGGGCCUAUCAGCGUGGGCACGAAGGCAUCUUCAGCGGCGCUGGGGCUAGUAGCUUAUCCAGGGCAGGGAUUGGUCAAGAGUCUGCAUACGGCCAUGCACGGCAAGACUCGGAAAUUGAUAGCUAAAGCGCGUCUGAAGGAAGGCCAAUAUCUGGCAAUCCAAUCGCCCAAGGCCUGGUCAAAUUGCCCGGCUGUUCUCGAGGCAUUUGAAGCCCAGCAGCGACAGCCUGGGACUGAGAUCUCGGGAUUUGAGCGAAUCCAAGACUAG